UCACAGCUUUGGGGGUGUGCAGAGCCCUGGCCCUUUGAUGUCCUGCAUUCUUUCAUUGUUCCCUUUUCAAAUUAAAGCAUCCCCUGAAAUCAGAGCAGGCAAGAGCAAAAUUGUUGUCCGUAACCCAACUCUCAGACCUCCGCCUCAGUUUUCGCCAAACCAGUUUGACGUCUCUCUGUAAUGAAGGGGAAGUGAAGGACUCCGCUGCACAAGUUUUAAAACGUGUUUACCUUUCUGCUGUUGCUUUGUAACCCGGCGUUUUGUUGUCAUUUUGUUUGUCUGACACGACACGAAGCAUGAACAUGUUCAAAAGAGAUAAAGGGUCUGCAGUCCAAACUCCAGUGGUCCCACCAAGACCCAGCAAGGAGGAUCUGGACAGUCCCAUCACAUACAGCCUGAAGAAACAGGAUGCAGGGAUGACCGCGGCCUCGCAGAAGACUGGAAUGAUGGGAGUUAUUCAGAAGGUCAACCCUUUCAAGUCUACCACCCAGGUUUCUAAAGCUCCAUCUUCAGAGUCACUGGAGGAGGGAAGGGUUUCAGAUUUGAAUCAGAACCCUGGUUUGUUGAAAGGAGUAAUGCAGAAAGUCAACCCCUUCAAGUCUUCCACACAGGUGCCAAAGAGUGAUCCUCAAGCUGAUUGUGCAGAUCCUCAAGAGACUGGAAAAGAACUUCAGGCCAAACAGAAUCCGGGGAUGAUCGCAGGAAUGAUGCAGAAAGUAAACCCAUUCAAAUCCUCACAGCCAAAGGAUACCCAGCCUCUACACAACGACCUCUCCUCCAGCAACGGAAGCUUAGCAGGCAACAACAACUUGCCAGAGAAGCAGAGCCCCAGGAUGUUCAAAGGGAUGAUGCAGAAAGUAAACCCCGUCAGGUCCUACACUCAGAUGCCGAUACAAGAAUGUCAGACAGACUCUUUGGUUCCCACUACAGCCUCCUCAUUCAAUACACAGGCAAACCAAGCUAUUGACAGUGAGCACUCCUCCAGCUCUGAAAGCUUGGAUGACAGCACCAUAGAGAGACAUUCUAUUUGGUAUACUGAUGGUGACACAAGCUGUGAGGUGGAGAAUCAGCCAGUGGAGGCGAAAAAACCUAUGACUUUCAGAAUAAGGAGGAUUCUGCCCAGUGCAUUGUUUGGGUCUGGAACAAAGGACUCUGCAACAGCAUCAUCUGAUGUUCAGGCAUUACCCCAGGAGGCUGUUGAAGUCCAGACGCUACAAAUGGCUGAAGUACCAGUGUCCAGUGAAGGAACAGUUCUGGACCCUCUAGAUGAUGAAGAGGGCCUGUUGACAUGGUGGAGAACAGUCGAAGGUUGGGAUGAGUGGAAUGAGGCCAACCAGAAUGAUGAAACUGAAGAAGUGGUGGAACAAGCAGCUGAUCGUGUCUUUAUGGCAGCUCGCCUUUUUGUUCGCUUUUUCAACCAACGUGGCGCCUCACUCCAGCAGCGUAUCCUGGAGCUCCUUGCUUUGGCUGAUUCAGCUGACAGUUUCCAUAAGAAAACGGUCACAGCCAGUGUCGGUGGUGGGAUGGCCAGUGUUGCAGGGUCGGUCACAACCAUCACUGGCCUCAUUCUGGCGCCAUUCACAGCAGGAACCUCUCUCAUUGUCACAGCUGUAGGCAUUGGUGUAGCUACGGCAGGUGGGGUGGCGUCUGCUUCGGCCAACAUCACAGACACAGUCCAUUCAAAGACAGACCGCAAGAAAGUGGAGAAGAUGAUCCAGGACUACCAGGAGGAGAUGAAGGACAUCAAGGAGUGUCUGGAGUUUCUGCAGGAAGGGAUGGAGACCCUUGAGGAGUGGAACUUUGAGAAGUAUGCUGAAAGCAUCUCAAAGAAGCACCUAAACCAGAACGUGAAACACGUAAUGAAGGAGGGCGGCCGGGCUGGCAAGGCUUUAGUGAUCAACACAGAGAGCUUGAUUAGUACCGUUCAGGUCCUCAGCGUUGCAGGUGGCGCUGCUAAAGCUGCCCAGGUGAUGAGCGUCACCACUGGAGUUAUGUCAGGUCUCUUCCUGGCCCUCGAUGUCUUUUUCCUGGCAAAGGACUCCAUGGAGUUGAAGAAGGGCGCCAAGACGGAGUUUGCUGCUAAAAUUCGAGAAGUGUGUAGGGACCUGCAGGACGGGCUGCUGGAGCUCAACCACAUCAAGGAACAGCUGCAGAAAACCAUGGACGGGAUAGAGGUGGAGGUAGAGGAGGAGGAAGAAGAUGAAGAGCAGUUAAAGUCUGAUCUGAAGAAACUUGUGGAGCUUGAGGAAUGAAGGAACUGUAGUUAAAAUCCAAACCAAAGCCUCAUCGUCUUAAUCUGAACACCACAAAACCUAUACAAGCUGUGACAAACAGAACAACAGUUUGUCAAUUCAAAUUUUUACUUUCAGCAGAAAUGGUAGUUUUGGUAGUUUAGCAGUUUUUACAAUAUCUCAAUUGUUACUGUACCAUACCUGCCAAUGUUAUGACAAUUGCACUUUCAAGUAGCUGUUUUGUAGUAAUAUUAAAAUAUUUAUAUUCUUUAAAGUAGUAAUUUUAAUUAACUAACUAGAAGUUACCAUAUUGUGAUUGUGAUUAUGUAACUUGUUGAAUUAAAGUCAGUUUCUUUG